AAAUAGAGCAGCACAUGUGCUUGCUCGUUACUACCUCUUUCACUUUCAUCGUAUGAAGCAUGGUUAGAGGAUGGCCCUGAGUGGUUGUCUUCGAUACUGGACUAUGAUGACUUUUGGUUUGGUUUUCCCAAGACUCAUUGGCCGCCAAUCGUCACCAAGACAAUUGUUACCAAGUAAAGCCGACGGCCUUGCAGUGAAUAUCAGUAGCAAACCUCCGACUACAAUGGUUCUUCCGCCACCAGGAUGUUAAAAGUAAGGAGAGACUGCUGAACUUUGCCCAAUAAAUACCAUUUACUUGAUUCUAUGUUUCUUGUUCUUAUUCUUUUUCCUUAGAUGAUGAGCUCGCUGCUCAAAGAAAUUAGACCUAUCAUCAAAAUCCUCUCCAAAAACUCAAAAUUCUCUCUUAAAUUCACUCCAAUCUCACAACCCAUUCAAUCCUGCCUUAACCCAUGUUCCAAAUACUUCCAAAUUCAAAACCCUAUGAUGGUUUUGCAAUUUUGUGCAUUCUCGGCAAAUUCCUCCAAGUUCCCUGAAUAUGAGAUGCCCUCGGUCACCUGGGGUGUGGUCCAAGGCCGCAAAGAGAAGCUUGUUUCUAAGGUAAUCAUAUGUGAUUUUUUGAAGAGUUUAGGAAUAGUUCCCGAUGAAUUAGAAAACCUAGAGCUUCCUUCUGCAGUUGAGGUUAUGAGGGAACGGGUUGAGUUCCUUCAAAAGUUGGGAUUGUCUAUUGAUGACAUUAAUGAGUACCCAUUAAUGCUUGGAUGUAGUGUACGGAAAAAUAUGAUACCUGUGUUGGGUUACUUGGAAAAGAUUGGGAUACAGAGGUCAAAACUUGGUGAAUUUGUUAGGAACUACCCACAAGUGUUACAUGCUAGCGUUGUUGUUGAGCUUGCACCAGUUAUUAAGUUUCUUCGCGGUCUUGAUGUGGAAAAGCAAGAUAUUGGAUAUGUAUUGCAGAAGUAUCCUGAGCUUCUUGGGUUUAAGUUGGAGGGAACAAUGAGUACCUCAGUUGCCUAUCUUGUUAGUAUUGGUGUUAAUCCCAGAGAUAUUGGUCCAAUGGUUACACAAUAUCCUUAUUUUUUGGGUAUGAGAGUGGGGACCAUGAUUAAACCACUAGUUGAUUACUUGGUAUCUUUGGGUUUACCGAAGAAGAUUUUGGCUAGGAUGUUGGAGAAGCGGGCAUAUAUACUUGGCUAUGAUCUUGAGGAGACUGUUAAACCCAAUGUGGAUUGUUUAAUUAGUUUUGGAAUCAGGAAAGAAGAACUUCCUUUGGUUAUUGCUCAAUACCCUCAAAUUCUUGGGCUGCCUUUGAAAGCUAAAUUAUCUUCUCAACAGUACUUCUUCAAUUUGAAGCUCAAGAUUGAUCCUGAAGGGUUUGCUCAAGUGAUAGCGAAGAUGCCACAGAUAGUCAGCCUGCAUCAACAUGUAAUAAUGAAACCAGUUGAUUUCCUUCUUGGACGUGGAAUACCUUCUGCUGAUGUAGCUAAGAUGGUUGUGAAAUGUCCUCAGUUAGUUGCUUUGCGAGUUGAGCUCAUGAAGAAUAGUUACUAUUAUUUUAAAAGUGAGAUGGGGAGACCAUUGAAAGAGCUUGUGGAAUUUCCUGAAUAUUUCACUUAUAGCUUGGAAUCCAGGAUUAAACCCAGGUACCAGAGGUUACAGAGCAAGGGGAUCCGUUAUUCCUUAAAUUGGUUCCUCAACUGUAGUGACCAGAGAUUUCAAGAGAGGUUGGAGGGAGAUUUCAUUGAAACAGAGACAACGGGUCCAACAUUUUGUAUGGGUGGGAAGUUACAUUUACCCAGUAGUGAGAUUUUGUCUGAUGAGGAAGAGGAGAGUGAUAAUGAAGUACUUUACAGGCGUACUGUUUCUCUGUAACAAUUUUCAUUUGUUAAUGAUUAAGUUCAAUAUCAAAUUAUAUUAUGGUAAUCUUAAUUCAAUUAUAUUUCUUUUA